CAUCAAGAAAAAGCUUAAAUCAAGAUGAAGUUGAACGUUUCGUAUCCGGUGAGAGGCACCCAGAAGCUCUUUGUGGUAAACGACGAGCACUCGUUGCGUAUUUUCUACGACAAGCGCAUGGGCGCUUUGGUUCAUGCCGAUCCCCUUGGCCCCGAGUGGAAGGGCUAUGUGCUGCGCAUCACCGGGGGCAACGACAAUCAGGGCUUCCCCAUGAUGCAGGGCAUUUUGACAUCGGAGCGUGUUCGUCUGCUGCUGAAGGAUGGCCAACCGUGCUAUCGUGCUCGUCGCGAUGGCGAGCGCAGGCGCAAGUCCGUGCGCGGCUGCAUCGUUUACUCGAACAUCUCGGUGCUGGCUUUGGUGGUCGUCUCCAAGGGCGAAAACGACAUUCCCGGACUCACGGACAUUACCCUUCCGCGUCGCAUGGGUCCCAAGCGUGCCAGCAAGAUUCGCAAGUUGUUCAAUCUGUCCAAGGAUGACGAUGUUCGUCGCUAUGUGGUGCGCCGCCAGCUGCCGGCCAAGGAGAACAAGAAGGCCACCUCCAAGGCCCCCAAGAUACAGCGUCUGAUCACGCCCGCCAAGUUGCAGCGCCGGCGCCACUUCAUUGCCGAGCGCAAAACGCGCAAGGCCAAAGAAAAGGCCAUGGCCGUCGAGUAUGCCAAAUUGUUGGCCCUUCGCAAGAAACAAUCGAAGGCUCGCCGCCAGUCGGAGAAGCGUCGUCGUUCGCUCUCCGUACGCCGUUCCUCGGCUUCGGCCUAGACGAGUGGAUCCAUCCCCAUUUAAAAUCUCUUAUGAUCUCUCAACAACCAAAUCAGCUUAAUUUCUCAAAGAAGGAGAACCUUAAAUAAAUGAAAAGUAGUUUGCGUUUGGUGGUUUCACGUUGUA